AGAGACGCCGAGCCGUGGAAUACCGCAGAUUUCUAACGCUUGCCUCGUUUAGCCUCAUUUGUUAUUGUUAUUGUUUUUGUUUUCGACAUUGUGUACGUGUGCAGCAAUGAUGAAUAACAUGGCUGCUGUGGUCAAGGAGGCCAAGGACGAGGAGAUUCAAGUGCCCAAAUCGGAUGACUUCUUCGAAUCGAAAACCUUUCGCCUGCUAACCCUAAUGCUCUACAUGGGCGGUGUCAGCGGCAUGGGCCUAACUCUGGCCAUGUACUAUAUGUUCAUCUGGGACUCACGGAUGCCACCGCUGCCAGUGUUCAAGCAUACGCAUCCCAUUGGCUAGUUUAGCACUCGCCAAGUCCACCCAAAGCCACAGUGCCACAGUGCCACAAUUCGUGCUUCUCAUCAACAUUA